CUCUCUCUCUCUCUGAAAUCUUCAGCUGGCACAACUAAUUAUCAGAUCCUAGUAUGCCUGAAUGUCCACAGAGAGGGAGAGAUUUGAUGAGGAGAUAGCCAAGAAGAUCAAGAGAGAAUCCGAUAAUGCCUUCCCACACCACCACCAGAAUAUCAUGGGCGGCGGAGGUAGAAGACACAUUUCCGCCGCCGCCGCCGGAACCCUAAACACCGUAACUCCGUGCGCCGCCUGUAAACUCCUGCGGCGGCGCUGCGCCCAAGAAUGCCCCUUUUCUCCAUACUUCUCCCCUCACGAACCCCACAAAUUCGACGCCGUCCACAAAGUCUUCGGUGCCAGCAACGUAUCCAAGAUGCUUCUGGAGGUUCACGAAAGCCAAAGAGCAGAUGCAGCAAACAGCCUUGUGUACGAAGCAAACGUACGGCUGAGAGACCCAGUUUACGGCUGCAUGGGUGCCAUUUCUGCACUGCAACACCAAAUUGAAUUCUUACACGCCGAAUUAAACGCCGUUAGAAACGAGAUUCUCAAGUACAAGCAGUAUAACACCACUGAAACCAAUACUUUGCUUCAUUCUUCUUCUUCUUCCUCGCAUAUAACACUGCAUCCAUCUGGUGCGGUUUCUAUUGCGGCUCCGCCGCCACCUACACCGCCGCCGCCGCCGCCUUCACUUCCGAUCAGACCGCUGCUGUCGUCGUCUCCCAUGUAUAACCCAGUUACAUCAUCAUCGUCCGGUGCUGCGGGUGGUGACUUUAGCACUGAAAAUAUAACCUAUUUUGGGUAAUUAAUUAAUUAAUUACUUAAUUUAUUUGGCCUUCUAAUGAAUUUAUUACCUAAUUACGUACAUUGGCAGUCACGAGGAUGGCUUUAAUGACUAAUAAAAAUACAUUAUUCUGUCCCU